UUAAAGCGCAGAAUUAUAUCGCUACCGAGAGUAAUUCGUAUCAAAGAGCUACCAGCGAGCAGGGGUCGCCGCAGUCAACUGUACAGAUCCAGAGACAGAGCAGGUCGUCAAUUCCAGAUGGAUGACCCGAAACGCUCAUCACCAUGAUACCCAUGCCUUGCCUCCUCAGGCAAUAUGUGAUGCGUAUAAGAAGUAUCAGAGGAUGGAGAACUCAGCCGUCGACGAAGAUCUUGAAAUUGUUGAUUUCCGCAGAGGGUUGAGUGACGUCCAAAAGCAAAAAAUAGUCCCUGUGGCCACAGUUCCAUCUGAGAUGAUUGCGGCUGCAGGGAAGGUUUUCAAAUCAUAUGGCCAAAGUCAGGAAGGAGAGUCUCUUGGCUUGAAUGAUGUACCUGAUGCUUGCACAGUAUAUGAGCAUAAGGAUUUUAAUGGAUUGAGGCUGCUACCAUCCCUCUUGCCUCCCGAAUGCCAGUCUAUUCUCCUUGACAGGUUGCUCCACCGCGACCUGUCAAAUCCGCUUCACAUGACGAACAUUCAACAGGAUUAUGACAUUCCGUUCCCACCACUCUCUGAAGGAGGUGAUUCCCGAUUGUCCUUUUUUAGCUAUCCUCAGUCCUAUAAAGGCCAUGUCUUCACGCCUCUCAAACCAAACUCGAAUCAUAAACCGCUUAACACGGCGCAAUUCCUGCAAAAGAAACUGCGCUGGCUCACCAUAGGCUCUCAAUAUAAUUGGAACACACGAAGUUACCCCUCGUCCUCUCCCACGCCAUUCCCACCUGACAUUUCCGCACUGGUCACGUCACUAUUUCAAGACUCAUUCACACCAGAAUCCGGAGUCGUCCUACUCUACUCGCCCAAAGACUAUAUGCCCGUGCACCGCGACGUCUCAGAGGAAUGCGAGCGUGGGCUCGCCAGCUUCAGUCUUGGGUGCGACGGGCUCUUUGUUAUCGCCCGGGACAAGUAUCCUGAUGCUGACGAAGGGGAUGAGGAUCGAGAGCAGGAAAUGGUUGUGAUCAGAGUGCGCAGCGGUGAUGUGGUCCAGAUGUCGGGCCAGACACGGUGGGCCUGGCAUGCUAUGCCGAAAGUCAUGGCCGGCACGUGUCCUCCGUGGCUUGAGGAAUGGCCGGUGGGGACCGCCACACCCAAAGAGUAUGAGAAAUGGAGAGGCUAUAUGAGAGGAAAGAGGUUGAAUAUUAGUUGUCGACAGGUCUGGGAAUGAUGGGUGUGAAUGAGGGUAUUUUCAGAUACGUCUGUCAGCCGUCUACGGUCAUAUGUCCACCAGGCCGAUGACAAGAUCUUUGCUCGAAGAUGGAGACGGCUGGAUUCUAAUCAGCAGUUCUGUAGUUCUGAAGCCAAAGGUCAAGAAAAGAACGGUUGGUGACGAGAAGAGCCGAUGGAAUCUCACACGCCUUCCCAGCCUAAGUUCUUAGGAAUUGGACCAUGUGAAAAUAAAUCAAAAUAUCCACUCGAAC